GUAAACUACGCUUCCCUGUUUGCUUUGCGUUGGCGCAAAGCCUCAUGGGUAGCCUGACAUCGUCCUUGUCCUGUCUGGCACACGGGCUGAGUUGACGCCGGCGGUUUGUCUGUCGUUGACUUUCACAUCGGAAUCCUCUUUUUUCAGACAUGAUGGCAGCAAGGUUCCUCCGCCGGACCGCUCCGCUUCUGCGGUCGGUCCGCUCCUACGCAGAGGUCGCCUCCUCCGGUGCGCCGCAGAUGUCCUUCACGUUCGCUUCCCCUUCACAGGUGUUCUUCAAAGAAGCCAGUGUGAAACAGGUAGACGUCCCAACGCUCACAGGUGCGUUUGGCAUCCUUCCUGCCCACGUUCCCACCCUGCAGGUGCUCCGGCCCGGUGUUGUCACGGUCUUCAAUGAGGACGGCACCUCGGCUAAAUACUUUGUCAGCAGCGGCUCUGUAACGGUCAACGUUGAUUCUUCAGUACAGCUGCUGGCAGAGGAAGCUGUCCCUCUGGACCAGCUGGACGUUGCGGCGGCCAAAGCCAAUCUGGAGAAGGCCCAAGCUGACCUGGCUGGGACGAGCGACGAGGCUGCGAGGGCUGAAGUCCAGAUCAACAUCGAGGCCAACGAGGCCAUCGUCAAAGCUCUGGAGUAGAGCUGCGCUACGACCUCACCGUGUGGCCGGCCGGCAGAGUCAUCUUUCUGAGGGAUUGUGAAAGUCGACCGCCUCUGAGAGAGGGUUCCUUUCUUUGUAUAGUGGAUGAAGUCAAAAAUAAAUUUAUUUGGAAACAAACGA